AUGACAGGCUAUCGCUUUGGACCUCACCUUAUUUUAGAAUCUCAAGUCUUUUUCAAGUCAAACUUAUCCAUUGGUAUUGUAAAUUUGAAACCAAUCGCACCCUCAACGCCCAUUAUAGAUGUGCUCGUAUUGCCUAAAAGAAACACACCAAGAUUAGCUGAUUUGGACAGGGAUGAAACUGUAGAUUUAAUGCUAUCCGCUCAAAAGAUUGGCAAUGCCCUUGAAAAGCAUUAUGGAUGUACAUCGCUCACCAUGACAAUCCAGGAUGGACCACAAGCAGGACAAACAGUUCCUCAUGUUCACAUGCAUAUUAUUCCACGUAAAGCUGGGGAUUGGGAAAAUAACGAUGAUGUAUACGAAGAAUUAGACAAGAAAAAGCAAGGAGUAGACAAUGAGGACAGGACGCCGCGUACUGAGCAAGAGAUGAGUCAGGAGGCUAGCGAAUUGAGGCCGUAUUUCGGUUUAGAUUGA